AUGGAAUCCUAUACAUCAUCCCAGACAAAUACCUACAGGAAAUCCCCCGUUGGGUCAGCUGGGAAUCUGUCACGGAGUCAACCGUCGUCUCGAAAGCGGGCUCGCUAUAUAUCACACGCAUGCGAGAGAUGCAAGAGGCAGAAGAUUCGGUGCAACGGCGAACAGCCAUGUGACAAGUGCAGAGUGAAGCGGCCCCAGGAAUGUUCCUACGGACAGUGGCGGCAUAUCAACUGGGAUCAGCUGCAGCAGCACUUCGACUCUGCCAGCGGAAAUGGUCCCCGAGAGGAUGAAAAUGAGAAUACGACCAAGAGUGAUGGAUCUCUAGCUACAUGGAAUCCCGAGUCAUUCACACGUCUAGAAAACUUGCUGCAGUCACAGUCGGCAAAACUAGAUCUGCUCCUGCAGAGAUCGGAGAGGUCACAGGACGGUGAUGGAUUACCUACGCACAAAACAGGCCAGAGCCAAAUCGAGCAAGCAAAACCAACCUUCAAUCCCACAGGGCUGGCCCAAGAUGACGAAAGUCGCGGCAAUGUGGGCGCUAUUGAUUCGGAUGAGAACGCGGAUGCUGUACUCCGAUCGCCAAAGGCACCUCUACCUUUGUACAGCGGCCCAUCUAGCUGUUCUUUCUGCAUCAACAUCGUGGGUGUAACUCUAAACAAAACAUACGGCACACCGACCCGCGAGCAGGUAAUCUUAGAGCCUGCAACUGUCUCCAUAUUGAAUGGUGAUAUUGUCAUUGACCACGAUGAGCGUCCUGAGGAGGAUCCCCCAGCGCCGAGCUUACAGCCUCCAUUGAUCUCCGCUCCAAUGGACCGACAUGACGAGUCUCUCCAUCUCGUUCGAGAGCUGACUCUGGCCCAAGCUCUCCGCCUGGUACUCGCCUACGAUGACCUAGUGGGUGUAAUGCACCCGGUUGUGAGUAAAGAUGACUUGUUGCGGAAGACCACCGAACUGUUCGGGAUCAUAGCGGUCCCACCCACUCCCAAGGCUUCCAAUAUCCAAUUAGACCGGACUGAUGUGAGCAUCGUCAAGAUGGUGCUUGCAAUUGUGCUGGUCAUGGAGGGGUCGGACAACCAUGAGAUGGCUUCCAAACUAUUCAAGAGCAUACAGCGGGAUGUGGAAGCGAAGAUCUGGACCACGGCGACAGAAGUCAAGGACCUGCAUCUCCUCAUCCUAGUUGCCGUCUAUCAUUUCGUCAGAGGAAAUUGGCGACUCGCUUGGAGAGUCACGAAUAACCUAACCCGCAUGGCACUGGAACUUGGACUGAACCUGAAAAAGGUGGUUGUCCGCACAUUCCAGGAUCCCACAACACGCAUCAACGUGGUCAAUACGUUCUGGACGAUUUUUGUGCUCGAUCGACAGAUGAGCUACGCGUUGGGGCUACCAAAGAGUCUCGAAGACGCAGAUGUCGACAAUGGUCUUCCACUACCUUAUAGUGAGCCUUACCUGAACGCCAUGGUAGAGUAUUGCCACCUGGGCUCCAACGCCUGCGACUCGCUUUCAGAAGCCCUGAGCGGCCAGCCACGCGGAACCGCCGAGUGGCAGGAGUCGUUUGAGUACUUCCGCUACCGUCUCGACCAGUGGCAGAGGAUGCAUAUUGAUGGAGACAUUCACGCCGCCGACGAGGACGUAUCCAGUGCCAGGAGGAUUCGCCAUCCACGUACAGUGCUCUAUCUCCGAGCAAACCAAUUGCGUCUCUUGAUGCUGCGUCCGGUGCUUUGUGGUUCCAACAUCAAUCUCAGCGCGGAUGGCCAGCACUGGAACACCGCUGUGGGCAUUGCAUGCGACACGGUGCAAGUCGUGGCGAAUCUAGAAAGCACGAGUCAUCUCUAUCAGCCCCACCAGACACAGUACAACUACUUUCUUGUGACGGCACUGGGUAUGCUCCUUCUUCUAGGACUGGCUCAGGAUCCAAGUUCUCCUUCCAACAUGUCGAACAAUAAUGCACCGGUAGGACCGGCCACACACGAGAAGGCGUGUCAAGCCGCCAUAACAGCACUUGGCCUUCUCAAAUCUACCAUGAAUCAUUCUGCCGCAUCGAAGCGCCUGUGGCUCCGAGCUUAUUCAAUGUGCCUUCGCCUUGGGGUCAUUCCUGACGAUCACAACGGUCUUUCUGCUAGCUUUGUUUCGGAUUUUGAGAUGCCAAAUGUUGCUGCCAAUGGCAUAGCCGACUUCAACACCUCCUUUUCGGAGCUGGGAAGUGGAAUGACCCCUGAUUUUGGGUGGCUGCUCCCUGAGUUCGAAGGCAUUUGA